AAGCCCUCUCCCUCCCCACGUUAACUCAAAAAAAAAAAAACUUCCCUUGCCCUUCCCUCAGCCUCCGCAGCAGCGCCGCCGCCUUCUUCUUCUCCUCUUCCCCCUAGCCGCGCCCCGGCCUCUCGCUGCUUCCGCCGGAAUGCUUCGUCUUGCUUGCUGAUACGUACCCCUCGAGAUCGCGACGGCCGCGAAAUGGAUUUGGUGUGCGAGGAGUGCGGGGACUCCGGCAUCAGGGACGCUCUGCUGCCCUGCGUGGGCUGCAAGGAGACCGCCAGGCACCGAUAUUGCUUGGAUAAGGUAGUUUUGGAUCCAUCGGUAGUAGAGUGGUGGUGUAAUGACUGCCUGCCAAAACAAAACGAAGCAACACUGGAAGACGUGGCUAAUCAAAGGCAACUAAGGAACACCCAUUUGGGGCCUCCUAUGAUUAGUGAAUCAAAUAUGAAGAAAAAGAAGGUAACCAAGGCAAGGGGACCUCGUAGAACUAUAACUGUUGGAAGAAGAAAAGAUCACAUUGAUGCAAGGACUAAACAUAUCUUGAGUGGAGACAUAUCCAAGUGGGGACAUAGUACAAAUAAGUUGCUUGAGAAAAGAAGUGAUAGUAGUGAUGCAAGGAGUGAACAUGCAUUAAAUUCUUGUGAAAUGUCUAUCGGGGAAAUGUCAAACGGCAAUGAUAGUGAGGAGACUUCGGAAGUUAAAAAUGGACACUUAGUUUGUGCAGCGGAAAGAAUUGAUGGUUCAAGUCAUUUGGCUUUGGAGCAUGCUUCAAAAAUUGAAGAAGCUAACAAUUUGCAAAAGCCAAUGGGUGAUCUUGAACUUAAGCGGCCGGAUCUCUCGAAUUUUAUGGAUGGUUGCUUUUCUUCGUCGAAGUAUGUUGAGGAUUCCGUUCCCGGAGGAGGAAAUGGUGAUUCAUUUUCUCGAACUAAUGAUGUCCAACAAUCAUGUCCAGUGAUUGCGGCUAAGUCUCAUCCUACAUCGGCAAACAUGGAGCAAGCGGAUGGUAUGGUAGUAAGCGUGGAGAAACUUCAACCUUUCAAGGCAGUUAAAGGAUCUAACAAGACUGUUCUACCAUCAGAUUCACCAAAUCAUUCAAAGUUGAUGCAAGGAUCAAAUUGGAAGACAAGGAAUGUGGAUGCCUUGAAUCCUUUCAGAGGGUGUUUAUACUCAUGGUCAAAGGUUGCGAAACGAUCACGUCGCUAUGAACUAGGUAAUCCGGCUGUUGAGGAAGACAAUGCUGAAACAACAAAGUGCUCGGCAGACGAGGUAACCGCCGGUCCUAGAAUGGAGAAGCACGGGGGAUCAAACUCCUCAAUGGCAAAAGGCAACUCAGAUGAAGGAAAUAGGAGAUCAGAUGGGCUUUUAUUGAGCACAAAAGACAAGAUGCAAGUGCAAUUGAGUGGUGAAGCUCAUUCUAUUUGCGAUGAACAUAGUGAUAGAGUUAACUCUCCCAAUGUAAUAAGUGAAAUCUCAGAUCCUACAUCUGCACAUGGUGACCAAGUUGCAAGGAACCUAGAAAGUAAUGCAGGAAAGACUUCGUCUCCUGCUGGCAGAAAGGCGAUUUGUAAGCAGGUAUUGGAAGAGGAAGCAGUUAACAGUGAUCCAUUGUCUUCCAAAUAUCUUAGUCCAUGUGAGUCAACAAAAGUUAACCCUAGAAAGCGUAAACAAUUAAAAAGUUACACUCCAGAGGAAACUGAGAAUCAGAAAUCCAGAGAUGUAAAGCACAAAAAUGUUGGUGCUGCUGGGUCAAAAAGUGGUAAGCUAGCAGGAUUACGGACAGAUAGUCAGAGCUUGCCCAGGAAAGACAGUGGUAGUCAUGAUAAGGUCGCUGAGCACUCGGAGAUGGGAAAAGAUAAGAAAAAGGACAGGUCAUUGCUGAAGGAAAAUGGUUUGAAGAACCAAGGAAUAUACAUAGAGAAAAACAGAGAAGCUUUGUUAUUGCGAAAUUUGGAUCAUCAAUCUUCAAAGAAUCAUGAGCAGGUGAAGAAGCAGAGAAGCAAAGGGGGAAACACAGUUGAAACUUCAGCUGCAAGUCGAUCCUCAAAGAAUCAUAAGCAAGGGAAGCAGAGAAGCAAAGGGGAAAAUGGAGAUGGCAAUUCAGCUGUAAGAAACAUCGAUGCUGGAUGUGCUGAGAAUAAUGCUUCACAGUUACCAUUGCAAACUGCAAUCACAGAGGAUCGAUGUGGCCUAUCCAGGACGCCACUCGUUUCAGAAUAUAUCUGUGCACACCCCGUUGAUAAACCUAAUUGGAGUGGAAUUAUGAAGAUUGAAGGGGACUAUAUUCCAUUGGCUGCACACCUGUCAACCAAAGCAGGCAUGAAGGUGCAGGAACAGUCAAGAUCAUUGCCACCAAUUUUGAAAGUGACAAAGCUUUCUACGUCAAGAUCCUGUCCAAAUCCCUGGGAGGGCUCGACACCUACCGCUGACAGUAUUGACUUCUAUUUCUUUUCGGGUGAUAUAAGACCAAAUAAAGAGCUGGAUCAACUAGUGAAGCAUGUCGCUGAUAGUGGUUGUGUUCUAGAAGCUGUUGUUGGUUUGGCUAAGUUGUUCCUCUUCCCUUCUGUUGUACUACCAGGGGAAUACCAGAUGUUUGAAGAGAAAUACUAUCUCUGGGGAGUGUUCCAGUCCAAAAAAGAGAAGAGAAAAAGAUUAGCUCCAGCAGAACAAGGUUGUACUGCGCAUGCUGUGGAGAAAAAACAUGUCCAGAAACAGCAUCUCUCGUACCAGGCACACAAGGUGCCGUGCCGCGACACCAUGGACCAAGAAAUGCCUCUUGUGAAUGGAGUCAUGCAUUCCAAGAAUCAACCCUUGCUAGUGGAGACAUAGGAAAAGAGUCCAGUGUCUGGUCUACCCUCUGUUGACAUGAAAGAUCUAGUUUCUGCAAAUAUCUGUUCAGUUGAUCAUAGACAAUCGCCCUCUUCAAAUUCAAAAGGUUACCGCAACUCAUCCAGGAGACACAGAUGGAAGGUGCACUGCUGUUCGCUCGCAGCAGGUGUUGACAGAAUCCGGGUGGCUGGUGUAGGAUCAGCGGGUUUCUGAUGAGCAUAGCUGGAACUGUUUCUGCUUACACAGCGGUGCACUGGUCUCUCUUAGGGUAGAAGAAACGAGCCAGGUAGUAGAUCUGAGCCCUUAGAUUUGGUGUGGGUCCACUGUGCUCUGACUUCUUUGUCUAUUUCUGUACCUGUUAAGCAAGUUAAUCUGUUCAGGAUCGAACUGUGACGGUCCUCAACUUGGUAGGAUGUGUUGAACUGAAACAGAAAUUAUGUUUAGUUAUGGUACUUUCCAGAGGUUACUUCAGUGUUGCGCAGUUCAGAUGAAA